AUCGCGUCUUCCCCUUUCAUCGAUUCAAUUGCAACGAUCGUGAAGGAGGAGGAGGAAUAGAUUAGAGAGAGAUCGGAGAUGGAGGAGGUGAGGCUGUGGCGGGACAAGCGGGAGAGGGAGAUGUACGACAACUUCGCCGACCUCUACGCCAUCGUCAAGACCACGGACAAGCUGGAGAAGGCGUACGUCCGCGACCUCGUCUCCUCCGCUGAGUACGAGGCGGAGUGCCUCAAACUAAUCGCCCAGUUUCGGACCCUCCAUUCCGCCCUCCACGGCGCCGUCCCCUCCCUCGAUCGCUUCGCCGAGGUCUACCGCCUCGACGCCCCUGCUGCCCUCAACCGCCUCCUUGUUUCCGGCGUCCCCGCAACCGUCGAGCACCGCGCCGCUACUUCCUCUUCCUCGUCCGCCUCUGCCGCCGCCGUUGCCGAAUGCGUGCAGAACUUCAUUACCGCCAUGGACUCCGUCAAGCUCAACAUGGUGGCCGUCGACCAGGUGCACCCCCUCCUCUCCGACCUAUCCACGUCCCUAGUCAAGCUUGGGACCGGUCUCCUUCCCCCGGACUUUGAGGGCCGCGUCAAGGUUCGUGAUUGGCUCUCUCGCCUCGCUAAGAUGGGCGCCGCCGACGAGCUCACCGAGCAGCAGGCCCGCCAGUUCCACUUCGACCUCGAGUCCUCUUACAACGCCUUCAUGGCCGCUCUCCCCAACGCCGACUCUUGAUUCUCCCUCCGUAUAUCCUCUUCUCUUCAGAUGAUGUACCAUAAUUGACUCAGGAUUAUGAAGUAUCACCAUUCUGGAGGGUGGAGGAACCCCGAUAACUGUCGGUAAAACAAGCUGCAAUAUGUUCAUGUGUAACUGAUCAAGUAAGGGUUGUGCAAACCAUUCAGCAUCAUGAUGGUCACCGUGACUGUCAGGUAGCUGAUUAAUAAAGAGGGACCUUCUCGAAAGUUUGAUCAGAUGAAAAAACAGGAACUUUUGUGUGGCUCCUUAAGUUUCGUAAAAUCGAGUACAGGAACUUCCACACGAGAUGAAUUUGUAUAAAGAUCGAUUCAUGGCUACUUUGUAGAAAACGGCUUUUCCUUGGUAGCUUGGGCUUCUAGCAGAAAGAUACUUGUCAUCUCGCAGUCGAGAUGUCCAUCACUAUGAAAAUUUGUAUUUUUUUUUUUUGUAUUAGGCAAUGCUUUGUGAAUUUAUGCAGUAGUUAUAGCCAAAAUACUUGAUGGAGGUUCAUUUGUUUGAUUUGAAAUUUUGGUAGUGUAUGAGAUGAUAAUAUUGUUUCA